CAAUCCUUUCAAGAGCCACUUGAGGUAAUAUCUAUUGUAAUUAGCUUUAAAUCAAUGCUUUGUACAAACUAAUGAGAUAUCCUCGAGAGGUUAAUAAAAAUAGAUUUAUUGUGGUCUAUUAUCUCAUUUCGAAGUGUGCUCUGUUUGCUUUGGUAGAUAUUAGGUACUACCUAUAAGUAAUUUGCCGCCGAGGAUUAUAGAGCAAUAAAAUUUUAUUGUUUUAUAAUAACGUACAUUUAUCAGAAAAAUGGAAAACAAGGAGGAUCGUGGUUACAAAAAAGUACCAGUUCACGAAGAGGGCGUAGUUGAAGCAGCGUAUGCGGCUGAAAGAGACAGUGUAUAUGUGACCACCACUCUUCCUGGGCCUACCAGUAGAAAUUUCCUUUACAUAGCGGCAAGUGCAGCUAACAUAGCAUCAUUUGUUUGCGGCACAGCUUUUGGAUGGACAUCUCCAGAAAUUCCAAAACUAAACAAUUUAACAACAACUCCACUUGCAGAUGUUUUGACUCCUUCCCAAGAAGGUUGGGUCGGCUCAUUCUUACCAUUAGCAGCAGCUAUUGGACCAAUUGGAGGAGGAAUUAUGGCAGACAUGAUUGGAAGAAAAAAAUCGUUGCUGGUGGCUACACUACCUUUCCUACUAGCCUUUUUAUUGAAUGUUAUGGCCAGCACAGUUUUCUAUUUUUAUGUUUCUAGAUUCUUGUGUGGUUUGGGAGUGGGUAUGAUUUUUACUGUCUUGCCGAUGUAUAUUGGGGAAAUAUCUGAUGAUGAGGUCAGAGGCUCACUAGGGUCAUUUAUGCAACUGUUCAUAGUAAUUGGACUGCUGUUUUCUUAUGCGCUUGGACCUUAUUUACCAGUAAAAACGUUUAAUAUUAUAUUACUAUUCCCUCCAGUGAUAUUUAUAGUUCUAUUUUUCUUGUUCAUACCUGAUAGUCCUUACUACCUCAUACAGAGUGAUGAUAGCGAAGCUGCAUUAGAAGCUCUCAUUAAAUUAAGAGGUGGAAAUAAAUCUUUAGCUCAAAAAGAAUUAGAAGUGAUCAAACUUCAAGUAGAGGAAGAUCUUAAAAGUAAAGGUAGUUUUACAGGUACUUUUAAGACAAUUUUUGAUUCGAAAUCAUUAAAAAUGGCUUUGUUUUUAGCUCUUGCUUUAGUAAGUUGGCAACAGCUUUCUGGAAUUAACGUGGUGUUGUUUUACAGUCAAAACAUUUUUACAGAUGCAGGCGUGUCUAUAGCUCCAGAAAUAUGUACAAUUAUCAUAGGAGUUGUUCAAGUUCUAGCAAGCGGUGCUACUCCUCUUCUUGUAGAGAAGUGGGGUAAGAGGUUCCUAUUGAUGUUUUCUGGUAUAGGCAUGUUCAUAUCUCAGGGUGUAUUAACAUACUUCUUUUAUCUUAAAGAUAACCAGCACAAAGAUAUCUCUAACAUCGGGUGGGUGCCAAUUUUAAGUCUUGUAGUCUUCAUUAUUACGUAUUGUCUUGGUUUCGGACCUCUACCAUGGGCAGUUAUGGGAGAAUUGUUCCCAGGAAAUGUCAAAUCUGUAGCCUCUACAGCUACGGCUUCAUUUUGCUGGAUCCUUGGCUUCUUGCUAACUAACUACUUUGGUGCAGUUGCAGGAGUUAUAGGAAAAUCUGGAUCUUUUGGUUUCUUCACAAUUUGCUGCCUUUUGUCGGCUAUUUUUACCUUCAAAUUUUUACCUGAGACUGCGGGAAAGAGUCUUAACGAAAUUCAGGCUCUUCUGGCCGGAAAAAAAUAAAUGACAAUUAGUAUAUGUUGUUAUAUUUUGAUUUCUAUUUUUUCAAUAGGCUGUCCAGGUUAAGACUGCUAAUCAUUCCAAAAACGUUACUUACUUUACCUAAAAGAGGUUAUUCUUUUUAGGUGCAAAUAAAUUAACAUUACUUUAUACAAGUGCUUUAAGAAAGUCUUAUAAAUAAAAAUAAAUAAUUUUGUAUCCAACCAGUACCUCAAUGUUUAUGACUUGUGGUAGACAAGGAAAUGAAUGCAGGAUUUCAGAAAUAAUAAAAGGUCUGUGCCAAAAGUAUCUGACUUUCCAAUUCCACUAUGCUUUUACUGAGUCACCCAGCUCGGGGUAUAGUUAAUAUUUCCCAAUAAGCUGAACAACACUUCACCUUCAAGAUAUAUAAUUUCAUCGUAGCAUUUUUGAAUAACGAUGAAAAACGAUGAAAACAGAAACUGUUUGGCGUGAAAUUAUGAACGAAGGUCAGAUAAUUUUGGAAUGGCGCAGUCUGUGUGUCUCUUACCUCAUCACCUAUAUUGGGAGUAUUUUUUCAAUGCACUAUAGCAAUAUUUUAAGAUUACGAUAUUAACAAUCGAGAAGUUUAUCUGUAUCAACUACUAUAAAAGUGCUUUGAAGAAAUGCCUUUAUUUUUAUAACCACAAUAACCUAUUUUCUAUAGCUAUCCUUUUUAUACAUUACUUUUGUUUUAUUUUUAUUAACACAUUUGCGUUAAAACGUUCAAAUAUGAAGACUGAAAAAAUGUUUACUGAUUUAUUCAUUUCAUUUAACGUAAAUCACUAUGUUACUUACAUCAAAGUAUUUAUUUAUUUAUUACCUAUUUGUAGCCAUUUGUACAUAGUGUACAGACACAAAGAACUGAUUAUUGUAGUCGAUGAUGAUUUGUAAAUAUGUAUGUUUUAUUACAAUAAAUUUUGUAACCACAUA